GCGUCACAGAGAACAGUACCUCGCAGUUUCCGUGGUAAGUACGCUGCUACCUUUUCAGUUACAUAAUCAAUUACUUCUAUUUUCUAAAGUGUAUCUCAGUGUUCGUGGCUGAAGCAGCAGUCGGUUAAUUGGCGAUUAGGCUAUUGCUCUGAGCUCGUCUUCCACAUAGCCAUAGCUGCCAUAGGGUAAGUUUGAGUUUUCGGUCCCAAAAGCUCAUAUGUAAGUUGUGUUUGCGUUUGCGUUUGCUGAUGAUUCUUGUCCCUGCAAGCGAUUGUCUAGAGCAUAAGUUUGGGACUAACUGCUUGAACGGCAGAAAUCUUAAUGUGAGAACAGUUCGGAAAUUCUCGAAAACAUCCAAUGUGGCGGCUCGAGUGUGGUGAAAACUGACAGUCAAAGGAGCCGUUUUAUCGCCAGAGAAGCGUGAUUUACGGUAUUGUUGACGAAGUUUGCGUUUAUUGUGAGUUUUGAAGAGUUCUUGGUCCUGUAUAGUAAGUAAUCUUUUUAUAAAUGUCUUAUCAUUAUUACGACGAAACGCUUUCUGUGACUUCUCUUGCCCCCUUCCCGCUCUAUUUUCUAGUAGUUGGAGGGAAUUUAGUCAUUCUUUGAUCGCUUUAAACGCGCUUUCGUCUGCAUUCCAUCGGCGUAUUAAAAGCUCGGGUUAGGUUGAGAAAAAGAUGAGUCGUUUUACAAUAGAUGGCAAAAGUAAAUAGAAUUAUUUCUAUUUACUUUUGUCAGUUCUUUGAAAACUGAAGAAGAAUGCGCAUUUGGAACGAGAUAGAAUUAUAUAAGAGUGGUGAAAAAAAAAUAGAGCAUUUCUAGCUAAUAAUUUGUACUUUUUGAAGUAGGGAUUAGCUGGUGCGUCUCACGUUGAAAUUUAUGCAACUGGUUCCCAAACGUCCAACUCAGGUGACUGGUACCGCAGAGAUGCCAAUCUAUUCGGAAUUAUAAGUAGAAAAAAACCGUAGUUUAAAGCCAAAACUAGAACAAGUCAGUGAAAUGGCAAGUCGUUCAGUAAACAUGUACUUCUCAGUGGCACUUUUCCCUAGCGAUAAAAUUUAUUCGGAAUUAUGAGUAGGAAAAACCCCUAGUUUAAAGCCAAAACUAGAAUAAGCCAAUGAAAUGGCAAGUCGUUCUGUAAAUAUGUACUGGGGACUUUUCGGCCCAUCGAUCUGAUUGUUUCCACGAAGGAAGUUUAUUCCUACAAAACACUUGCGGCGUCAUUCGGUUCCAUUCCCAGAAACCGAAGACGCACAUCCAAGACGUAAUCAAUUCACAGAAACGAUGCGCCAGAGUAAUCCUAGACAAAAAAUGAGACAACCCCUCGGGGCAUUAAUUUAGAGACCUUAACGUCAUACCAUGAUUUGAUAAAAGAGAAGAACGCGCUUACAGCGGCAUCCACUCUCGGUUGCUUGGAGAUUAGAUCGAGAACUGAGGAGGCGAAUAAUUCUACACGAAACAGGAUUUACUCGCUAAAGGUUUUUUACUUCCUACUUUAUCGACGUCGAUACUUUUUAUUUGUCUCUGAAUUGAUUUAGUACGCGUGUUAGCGACGACUGGAAAUACGUCUGCGGUCGCAGGCUAUACCCGUGUAUAACUACACGAAAAUUCAAGGGCCUCGAUUCCAGAGAAAUUACAUCACAGGGUCCAGAGGAGAUGUGUUUGUCGUUAGAACAUCAAAACCCGUCGAAAACCUGUGAAAAAAUGGGUUAUUUUGGUCGCGUUACAGUUUCGUUACACAUUCUAUAGACCGCAAACCAAGAGACUGACAGCUCGCAAGAUCGGCUUACAGUAUAAAAUACGGAAAGGGAGGAAACAAAUAAACCGCAUGCUCAUCACAAGAUCAUUUGCAUGCAAUGAAAGUUUACAACACCCGAUCAUCGCAGUUUUGCUAAUUAAGAUUCUUGUUUUUUUUUUCUUUUCGACCACUCAGUAGUGUUCACUUGUUCCAAAGUAAUCAACGCUUUCAAGCGAUAGAAUGAGUGGAACGACAAGUUUCAGAAAAGCUAUAAAUUUAAUCUUUUCUUAAGCUUUCUUCGCAAUACAAUAUACGAAGAAAAACGGGCUGCAGAUUGUGAGUCUCGCUGCUUACGCAAGCGAGACUAACAAGUAAUCAAAAAGUACCGGUGUCUCAGGGUUGUGCCUAAAUUGUGCCUAAAUCAUACCGUCCAAAAGGACAGCCGAGGAGUACUAGGAACGAGAUUCGGGCCGACUUCGGAAAUUCUCGAAAACAUCCAAUAUGGCGGCUCGAGGGUGGUGAAAACUGACAGCCAAAGGAGUCGUUUUAUCGCCAGAGAAGCGUGAUUUACGGUAUUGUUGACGAAGUUGGCGUUUAUUGUGAGCUUUGAAGAGUUCUUGGUCCUGUAUAACAAGCAAUCUUUUUAUAAAUGUCUUAUCAAUUUGUCUUGUCCCGCUGGCCGGUAUUACCGAAGAAAAUAGUACAUAUGUUGGUAAUUUCGAAAACGAAGCACUCGAAAACGAAGACCGAAGCACCCAAACCUCGAAAACGAAGCACCCAAAACUCGAAAACGAAGCACCUUGGAUCGAAAACGAAGCACCCAUAACUCGCAUUUCCGCCGCUGCGUGGGAGGCCCGGUGGGGGUCCGUGUGGCUUUCGUCCAUUUGAUUUUGAUUCCAAAUUGAAAAUUGAAAAUCAAAAAUUCACAAUCGUGAUUUCCAAUGUUUGAUUCCUCAAGAAUUGAAAAUCACAAAUUUACAAUCUCAGUCGUCAAUUUUUGUUUCUGAGAAACAAAAUUGAAAAACAAUUUUCAAUGUUUUGAAAAUCAAAAAUAUGAAAAUUGAAAAUGGUCAGUUGGUGGCCCGGUGGGGGUCCGUGUGGUUUUCGUCCAUUUGAUUUUGAUUCCAAAUUGAAAAUUGAAAAUCAAAAAUUCACAAUCGUGACUUCCAAUGUUUGAUUCCUCAAGAAUUGAAAAUCACAAAUUUACAAUCUCAGUCGUCAAUUUUUGUUUCCAAGAAACAAAAUUGAAAAACAAUUUUCAAUGUUUUGAAAAUCAAAAAUAUGAAAAUUGAAAAUGGUCAGUUGGUGGUUUUUAUUUCUUGUUUUUAAGGAAAAGGAAAACUAAACGAUAAUCUUCACUUUUGAGAUUUUUGCUUGGUACCGAAGUUAAAAUUGUACUUUCAGUUUCCUAUUCCCUAAAUUCAAGCUUAUUAAAAAUUCAAACUUGACAAAGCAAUUUCAUGUGUAAAUAAACUGUGGGAAACAGAAUUAAUGCUGGUAAAAUCCAAAAUGAAAAUCGUUUUUUGAUUUUGCUAAUUAUGAAAAACAAAAAUUGCCAACCGACUAAAAAUACCUGUGACGGGAGGGGAGGGUAAAAGCGGAAGUGGCGCGACCGCAAACAAGAUGGCGGUCGUCUUGCAGUGAAGGAGUGUUACGUGUUGUGUGUCUUCGUCAAGCUUUCUCUAGCGGAAAUGUUACGCCAACAGGAAGCCAAAGCCUGCCUGUAUCAUGGUCGACACGUUUUCAAAGAAUUAAGGUGAAUGUUUUUUUACUGAUAACCUUGCAGCAUUACUCUACGCAGGGUAAAGCGUUUCAGAUUGGGCAGUAUAAAACAUAGACCGCCGACUGCGGACUGCGGACUGCGGACUACGGACUGCGGACUGCGGACUGCGGACUGCGGACUGCGGACUGCGGACCACGGACAGCGGACUGGGUAUAUGUAAAACACGGACCAGGUAUAAAAUGCGAACUACGUACUAUGUCUUAGUGUAAUGAUAAUUAGUGAACUUACGCAACAGGACGGGAGAGGAAAGAAGGCGUCAAACCUUGUGUGAUAAAAGUGACAAUAAUUUUGUUUGAAAAAAACUUUCCGCCAAACAUCACCUUCCUUUAAACAGGUCUUUCUGCAAAAGACCAAAAAACGUUAAUGUGAAGUGAAGAUCAUGACAAAAACAGGCGAUUUAUAGCCCUGUCACGUUUGUCACACACAAGCCUUUUGCCGUCCUCUUCUUUCUGUCGUCCUGUUGCGUAAACUAACUUUUGUCACUCGACGCUAACCGUGUAUAACUCCUUUGUUGUUGUUAAAGUGAAGGGAUUUAGGCUUUAACGAUCAAUGGUCAGGGGUACCCAACGACAAUUUUCGGAAAAUAUCUGUUCGGAAGACGAUUUGAGAUCUAGAAUUUUCGGAACAUUUGUUGUAAAAUUUUUGCUUCUCUGCCUCUCCUAGGAUUUUCGAACAUAUAAAAACUACUAUAAUUGCCCAUUUUUAACGGAUUUUUACCCUUAAAAGGUCAACUAGAAUUUUCGGGAGCCUUUUUUUCUGGCUGAAAUUUUCAAAAGGUAAGUUUUGAUCCCUAUAAUUUUCGGAAUUUUCGGAUCACUAGACUUUCAGCUAGGAAAUCCGAACAGAUGAAAAAUUUUUAGGGGAGAAAAAUAUGCCCAUAUCUACCGUUUAAAUACUAAAAUUCGUUUAACAAUGCUAUGUUUAAGUGGUUUUGAACUAUAUUCUCGUUGGGUGCCCCUGAAUGGUAGCCGCAGAGUUUUGAUCAGAACUGUUUAAAUAUACUUUAAUAGCAGGACCGGUUUUGGAAAUCUAAGAUGAACAUUAACCAAUUGUAUCCAAAACAGCCACAAAAGUGAUAUCAACUAUAAACGCUCUGUUCACAAACGAGCACAUUGCUCAAAUGACUUACAAGUGGCUCAGUUUUGGCCAAAAUCACCAAGAAUACCAGCGUUUUACACGCUGACCAAAAUACAUAAAACUAUUCCUGCCGGCAGACCAAUCGUCUCUGGUAGCGGUGGUCCCAAAGAACGCAUUUCUAGUUUUGUGGACUCGCUUUUACCAGGCCAAUCGCGCAACAACAAGAGUCUUACGUCGAGGACACUGCACUCAAAAGUGAUAUCAUUGAAAACACGCCUCUUCCAGAUGAAGCAAUUUAAGCUACGCUAAACGUGUGUUCUCUCUGCACUAGCAUUUCCCAGGAAGAGGGAAUCGACAUCGUCUGUCACCAUUACGAAGAACAUUAUCAGUCAAAGUUACCUAUCCUUACUUCAUAUUUGGGAGACUUAAUGCGGGUGAUCUUAACAGAAAACUAAUUCAAAUUCACCGACAAACACUACGUACAGACUCACGGCAUUACAAUGGCCACCAAAAUGGCGGUUGCUUUCUCGGUCAUUUUCAUGGCUCACGUUGAGAAACAACUACUACAUGCCAGCCCUUACAGCCAUUUCUCCGGCUGGAAGAAAUUUAUUGAUUACAUAUUCUCAGUGUGGACUCUUCCUGAGACCGAAAUCAACAACUUUAUUGAUUUCGCGAACUCUUUCUGCACAACAAUAAAAUUUACACUGACGAACUGUCAUCAAAACAAAUUGUUUUCCUUGACCACUGAAGUUUUUAAAGGAUCAAGAUUCAUUCGAUUCAAACACAUUAUUUAAGCCGACAGAAACGUUUUAAUAUGCGAAUUUCUCCUCAUUUUACUCUCUCAUCGUUAAAAAGGGCUUCGUAUAUGGAAUGGCCUUGCACUUACUCAAAACGAACUCGGUUAAGGAAUAAUUCCCGAUAACUGGAGUUAAAGAAGAAAGAGUUUUUAACUCGCCUUACAGUACGAGGCUACCCUCACGACCUUGUGGAAACAAUCCUAGCCGAACUCCGCUUCGAAUCGCGCAAUGCGGGUUUAUAAAAUAAACCCCAAACAAAAGACUUUGCCGUUUGUAACGACUUUCUAUCCUGCAACUCCGAAUCUCAAAAAGAUUCUAAUGAAACACUGGCACCUUAUUACGAGCAAAAACACACUAUAUCCCCACGCCCCCAUUGGUUCAUAGGGACUUGUCAGAAAUUAACAGGGGGGAGGGGGAAUGGGAAUUUUAAAUUGGGGUUCGGAAAUGAGUGACCCAUCCCUGCAAUGGGAUUGAAAUUUGCUAACCCUCUCCUUGACCUUGGCCGAAAAUAUCAUGACCCUCCCACUCUUGUAUGAAUGAUAAAAUCUAGUUCUUGCAAUACACUAGGGUGAGUCAGUAUUAUGAAAGCUCAAAAUAUAUGUCUAAUCUGUUCUUUGUAUUUAUGCCAUAUACAUACAUUUUAGAUGACAGCAUGAAGAGUCCGACUCUGAUUCUGACAGCUGAUCACUCGACUCUCCUAUUUCUCUCGGUUUUUUUUUUUACAAAAUAAAGAACUUUUUUUUCUUUUGUGGGUGAACCUCUACAUGAUCACGGACACAUAUUUGCAUGACCCUCCCCCUUUUAACGGCCCAUUUUUCAUGACCCCUCCCUUUUCUGCAGUCUCAAAAAGUUGUGACCCUCCCUCUGUUUCCACCCCCCCCCCCCUGCUAAUUUUUGACAAGUCCCUUAUUCUUAAAAGAUUUUCUUGUUAGAGCGAAAAUUCCUUCACUUUAACAACAACAUGAAAGGAGUUAUACAUGGUUAGGGUCGAGUGACAAUAUUAUCAGACUAAAAACAUAGCACGUAGUUCGCAUUUUAUACCUGGUCCGUAUUUUAUAUAUACCCAGUCCGCAGUCCAUGGUCCGCAGUCCGCAGUCCGGCCUCGGUUUACAGUUCGCAGCCGAUCUGAAACGCUCUACCCGGCUGCGUUGCGUACGUAUAAUGUUGCAAGGUUACAAUAAAAGCAUACUUAUCAGUGAAAAAACAUUCAGAUCAUUUCUUUGAAAACGUCUCGGCCAUGAUACAGGCAAGCUUUUAGAUUGCUGUUGGCGUAACUUUUCCCCAGAGACGGCUCGACAAAGACAUGGAACACUCCUUCACAACAAGACGACCGCCAUCUUGUUUGCAGUCGCACCACUUCCGGUUUUACCCUGCCCCACCCGUCACAGUUAUAUUUGGUCUGUUUUCAAUUUUUGUUUUUCUCGACUACAAAAAUCAAAAAACGAUUUUCAUUUCGGAUUUCGUCAUCAUUGAUACUGUUUCCCGCAGUUUCGUUACACAUGAAUAGCUUUGUCAAGUUUGAAUUUUUAAUAAGCUUGAAUUUAGGGAAUGGGAAACUGAAAAUACAAUUUUAACUUCGGUACCAAGCAAAAAUCUCAAAAUUGAAGAUUAUCGUUUAGUUUUCCUUUUCCUUAAAAACAAGAAAUAAAAACCACCAACUGACCAUUUUCAAUUUUCAAUUUUUGAUUUUCAAAACAUUGAAAAUUGUUUUUCAAUUUUAUGUUUCUUAGAAACAAAAAUUGACGAUUGAGAUUGUAAAUUUGUGAUUUUCAAUUCUUGAGGAAUCAAACAUUGAAAAUCACGAUUGUGAAUUUUUGAUUUUCAAUUUUCAAUUUGAAAUCAAAAUCAAAUGGACGAAAACCACACGGACCGGUGGGACGCCAUGUAUUGGUGACGUGAUCAGAAAAGCGAGAACGCCCAAACUAUUUCUAGAAUGUUACUGUAUUUCCAGUAAAAGCGAGUUAAAGUCGCAGGCUUGAGUCGAUGAUAGAGAGCUUUAGAUUCUAAGACGAGCACGAGAUUUUCUUAGUACUAAGUGGUGCUCGCGCGAACCAGCGUCAUUUUGGCGGGAAAACGUGGUAGCCGUCGUCAUUACGAGUCUUAACGAUAAUAUCGAAGCGGCGAAAACAAGAGAACGAACGUAACCUCCUGCAUAUCCAAUAUCUUAGACUGCAAAACAAUCGGUUUUUUUCUCAAAAUCAGUAAAGAAGUCGGAUCAAGUCGAUAAAGAGUGGCGUAAGAGUAAUACGCGCGAGCCUCACACUCCGUUUUCAGCCUCGUUUCAGAGGUAGUCCCUUGAAGGGAUAGACGAGAGGGCCCUUCCUCGAUCCUGAGACUGGGACCGAGUUAUACGAUCGCCGACAAUUUUUCCGAAUGGAUCUUCGCACGUGAACAAUUAAAUCAUGAGCUCUUUUGAUAUACAGUAUGUGUGCAGAGGCUACAGUUAUCUCUUCCCUCGAGUUGAAUUAAGGUGAGUUUUAGAACGUUGCUUGUUCGUUUGCAGUUCUACUGAAUUCGUAGAAAAUAUUGCUGAUCAAGCUGUGCAUUUAAUUGACAAUGGGCCCUGUGAUCUAUGUUUACGUCACAUAGAUGAAAGGUACCUCCAGUUUCAACGUUUUUUCUUUUGUUUAAAAAUAUGAUAACAAUAAUAAAAAAGACAUCAAGCUGUUGUUGCAGGAUAAGAGAUCGUUAAGAGAAUUCCUAUUCAGAGAUCACAAGGCCCAUACAAUGGAUUAUGACACUUAAUUAUUAUUAUUUUUAAGCUUAUUCUUAUUUAUUUUUGCCAGUGUUGGCCGGAACUCCUCUUCUUUGACAACACUACCUGUUAUUCCAGUCUUAUGCCAUUUCACCAUACUAAGUGACUACCAAGAGAAUGGGCAAAUUCUGUAUUGCAAUGUACAAUCCCAGUUUGAAAUGGACUAUUGCAUAAUUGAUAUCAGCACUCCCCCUUAGCUUCGUUAAGGAAGUGAGCAAAGAUCAAUGGAAUUCUCUAGGGGUAUAUUGUAAUAGUUUUGGAAGUCCUUGAAGAAUAGUCUUAAACAUUGGAGUUAUUCAGGGUAAACAAAGAAUUCAUGGAAUUUUAUUAAGAAAAAAAGGUACUGUUCAAUAAGUUCCCCAGGGGUAAAUUCAUAUCUUAAGGAAGUCUCCCGGGUGAAUGCAGUCUAAUAGAAUUCGUCAGGAGUAAGAAGGAAGUUUAUUAUAUGUUGUCAACCGGGAAGAGGGUGUGGCUAUUAAAUGUGAUAGCCCAAUUUUUUACUGCCAUAAUGAAGGAGGACAAAGCACACACAAUGACUGCACGCAACAGCUUGCAAGGACUGGACAAAGCAAACAUGAUGUGAUUUUAUUUAGUUGGAUAGUAAACCUUUUAUUCAAUGGUUUACAAUGUAAAAGUAUAAUGGACAUGGGUGUUUUGCCCAUUGCUCGCCUAUACAUGAAACCAUCCAACACAUGAUUGAUAGAAUUCACAUAAAAAAAGUUAUUCAAAAUAACUAAGAAUCACGAAUCACCAGUGCCACUAACAAAAGGAGGGAUAGAACAAUCUGUUAGUAUGCCAAGUUGUGACGGUUUCUUUUUGCAUUACCUUGUAUUAAUUUGGUUUUUUCUGGCUUGACUGUUCAUUAGCGACAGGCAUGUGUCUCAUUGUUUGUGAUAAAUAAACAAUUUUUUUCCUCUGAAAGGAUUCAUCAAAGAGAAUAGAUUCUCCUAAGGCUUAAAAUUCACAUCCAAUUUCUUUCUUAGAUCCUUGGAAGUUAUAAAAAUUGGCAAUUUCUUCAUCUCUAAGUUAUUAUUUUUUUUUGGUAACAGCUGAAAAAAAAGUUCUGUCUCUGCUGUUUAUUGAACUGAUCAAACCAGAGAAAGAAGCUUUCAAUGUAUGUCAAGUUUUAAAUUGACACAAUAUUUCUAGUACCACCACAAUAACCUAAUCAAUACUUUGUUACAGGUGUAAUUGUUAUUUUAUAUUAAUGUAAUAUAAGGUUUCUUGAAAGAAUAAUUGCUUCAACUACCGUAAAAAGGGUGAAGGUUUUUGCUCACAGCAGGAAGACUUGUUUUGAUAUCACAUGAGUUUAAGUGUUUGUGUUUUUCUGGUUGCAUUCAAAGCACAACCAUUUUGUUGUUGGAUGGAAUGCAGAUUCAGGGAUAUUAGCACAAUCUGGAUGGUACCACUCACAGCAUCCACAACACUUGACAUAAGCAGCGUUGUUGUUAGGCAAUCACCAUGGGCAGUAAAUAGUUACAUUUUUGCCUACCACAGGAUGAACAAGCUCAACUGUAUCAUCAGUUGGUGGGAACUCGGUCAUCCUCCAGGCAAGGCUCCAGGCAAUCAACAAGGUGCUGGCGCAUGGCUCUCUGGUCAUCUCUUGGUGGUGGGGUCACCACCAUGGCAUAGAGUGGUGGCAAAGGCUAUAGCAAAGAGUGCACAGUCAUUGUAGCCCUUCCGCUUUUGCACUUUCUGAUUCCUAAUUUCAACUAUGUUGCCUUUGUAGUGCAACAUUCUACAUGCAUGUUGUACUGUUUUCCUGACAGGGCUUCCAUACAGACUAUCAUAUACUUUGACUUCCCCAGUGGGACAGGAAAUGACAUUGAGACACACCCAGUGUGACCCUGUGUUGAUUAUCUGUACAAAUGCACUUGCAACAGGAGUCACUAGAUCACCAACAAUACUUGGAUCUUCCAAGCCAUCAACUAAAGGAAACUGACUUUUCAGGAGAUCUUGAGCAGCUUCAACCUCUGAAUCUGUUAGCCAUCCGGUGGAACUAAGAAUAUUGCUUUUGCUGCUACUAUAAAGGGUAAUUUGUCUGUGUCCUGAUGCAUUCUGGUGACUUAUCCACACAGCGGGAAUUGGUGAUGUUUCACUCACAAAGAUUGCUCUGCCUUGGAUUCUUGGUACCUUUUUUUUAGGCUCUUGUUUUGCAUCCGUAGCUGUUGUUGUCUGCUUUCGUUUAACAUGCACUUGUACUUUGUGAUUUUCAGCAGUAUUUCUUUUGGUAUUUCCAUUGGCAACAGUCAGCUUGUGGCCAAAAGGACAACUGUCAUCUUGUAUAACUGUAUAGCUUGGUGACUGGUGUAACACUCUUCAUGUCACUGGUUCCAACUGCUGAAGGGUUGCUUUCAUCUUGUUUGACUGCUGUGCUUCUGGAUUGAUUGUCUGAAACAGGUUUUAAGUCUUCAUCUUUCAUAUUGCUCUUAAAUGCUCUGCUGACUCUCGAAGUGCCAUUAUCUUGAGUAACAGCUGCUCCUACUGGGCUUCUCAAAUGCUUAUUUGGUGCAAGGUCAGGGUGAUUAAACUCAGGACAACCCUCUGCCACAACUUCUAGCUCAACUUCCACCUUGGCCCCUGUGGAGUUUUUGCUUGAUGUAGCAUUUUGUGGAUCUACAUGCCACCCCCUUUUUAAGUUGUUGGCUGCCUUUCCUACUCUGCCUGUAUAUUCACCCUUACGUUUUGCUAGAGGUAGAUGUAGGGUCAGAGGUUUUCUUGUACUUUGCUUCAUUUUUGGUUGCGAGCUCUUGGUUGAAGGCCGCUCAAGAAAGAAUCCAUUAGAUGUCUUUGAAGCAGAUUUUUCGAUAAUGCCGACACAGUGCUGCAGACAUUUUCUAACAUCUUCAAGUUUGCUGGCAUCAUCAACAAUAUAGGAAAGAGACUUCACCUGGUUUAGGAAUCUCUGCACUGUGCUGCCACUGUGUUGUUGUUCCUCUGAUUUGCCAAGAUUGAAGCAUUUUCUUUCUCAGAGAUGUUUGGAUGACUGGGCACAUCUUGAGGCUCGAUAUCUGCAGGUUGCUCAGCUGUGUCUAUGUUGAUCACAGGAAAGAUGAUUUCUUCAUCCAGUGAAAAAACGGAGAAUUCCUGUAAGUGUCAGGCAGUUUCUCAAAACCCCAGUCAGGACUGUGUCUGAAAACUGCAAACAUGUGUUGGCAAGGAAGGUGGCUGCUUUCCCAUUCUUUGCAGGUACAAAGUGGUGGUUCGGUGUUUCCACCAAAAGAAACAUGAAACCACAUAUUUACCACUGUUUGGCUAUGUACCUUGAACUGGCCCUGGCCUUUAUUGACAACAUGGUGGGCUGGGAUGGACUUGGCUAAAUCUAUUUUUUCUAGACAGUGUUGUACUAUGUGACGUGGAUGGUUGAAGAGGUAUUGUGGCAUUUUGUUAUGGUACUGUUUAUAAGAGUUUGAACGACUGGUGUUUUCAUCAAUGUACCUGCAAUGAAUAUGCAUAUAGGAAAUUGUAAUUAACUUUGGCAUUCUUGUAUACAUUUUUUUACUAUCUUGACCAAAUAAAUAAAAUUCUAUGUUCUAUAUAAUCCGUAAUGUGUGCUAUUAAUCGGUGAAUGUGAUGUUGUUGUUGAUCAUAAAUCACAAUGCAUUUAUGUCCCAGCUGUUUUGGGAAGGUGGUUUUGGCAUGAUACAAAGUGCCGUCCUCUGACAAUCACUGAGACAGAUAAAAUAAUGUCAACAGAUCUAGAAACGUCAUGGUCAUUCUACAACUGCUAUUUGAAUACCUUAUUUGUUUUUUUGUUAAAUCCCCUUUUCUACCUUAAUUUCUACCUCCACGUAAGUCGGACCUUUUCUCUCCUCUACGUUUUGUUCCCUUUCCAAGGAUGAUAUUAAAAUAUUGCAAAUUCCAAAGGGAGAAAGAAAGUAUGAAGCCAAUUGGAAUUCUCCGAGGGGUGAGGCCCGUGUGAAAAACCUCCAUGGAAUUCCGUGGAAUUCCAUGGAGGAUUAGGACAUCAAUUUCCAUGGAAUUCCAUGGAAAUUUCUCCAUUGAUUUCCAUGGAAAAUAUUUGCAUGGAGGAUUAGGACAUUUCCCAUGGAAUUCCAUGGAAAACAUUAGGGCACCAAUUUCCAUGGAAUUCCAUGGAAAUUUCUGCAUUGACAUUUUCCAUGGAGGAUUAUGACAUUUUCUAUGGAAUUCCAUGGAAACUACUCCAUCGAUUAUUCCAUGGAUCCCCAUGGAGUUUCAUGGUAUUCUCAGGAAUUAGACAUUUAAAAUAUCCAGUGAAUCAAAUGGAAUACAUAACAGAUUUUGGUCCAAUGCAAUUUAUUUAAUCAAUAAAAGGACCGCAUAAAUCUGUUUUUAAAGACAACAAUUAAAAGUUAACAUGCUUUUGGUGGAAAAUUUGACAUACUGUAGCUUAAAAAAUUAAUAUUAAUGUUUACUUGUGACUAUAUACAUUGCAGUUUAGAAUGCAGCCAUCAUAUUGAAGUAGCUUAAAUGAAAAAUUUAGAUUUAAUAUGAUUAAUAAAGCAAGGAAUCUUGGCCUGGUGUUUAAGAAAAGUGCAUGCAUAUUUGAGAGGAAAAAAAAUAAGCUAAUACUUGAAUGCAUAAACCGUCAGUAUGUAAGACUUAAACAUGGCUUUAUUUAAUGCGACGACAAAGGGAAGUGCUACUUAUUUCCUCGAUCAGAACCACUAUGGUAUUUAGUUGUAGCAAAGUCCUACCUAAUCCUUGGGAAAAAACGGCGUCAGCCACAAUUAUAAUUUAUCAGUCUCUUGUAUAGUUUUUACGUAGCAGGCAUGAAAGUUCUAAAUAUGAUAUUUCUUCUUAUGCAUCGAAGCAGUCCAUCGAAGUACAGUCUCCGAUUUCUAAUUCUGCCAGAAUUAGUAAUUAUUCCAAAGGAUUCCAAAGACAAUUUGCAGGAAAGACCACAUUCUUAUCUGUAUAAACAAAAAAGAUGGAAACUACAUAUUAAAACCGAUAAACAGCACCCGAAAAGUCAUCCUUCUAAAUCAAGCAGAGACAUAAUCGAGCGGACGAAUUCAGUUGAGCAACCAAACACGAGUUGUGUACAUAUUAAGCGUACCUUCCUCUUUAAUGUGCGAUCCAGCUGAGUCAUUGUUUAAUCGAAGUCGAUUUGAAAGAAGCCAAAUGUAAGCAACCUCACAAGUGAUAUUUUGCGUUGAAAAUAACAUCUUUUUCGGAUGCAUUCAUCGCUAAAACAAUCCGUUUACACAACACUGUCGUACUGCACAGAAGUCCGCCUAAAUAUAGAUCGUUUUCACUGUCACGCAACAAAAAAAUAAAUUGAAAACCGUCCAGUGAAAGCCAAGAAAAUGAUAUGUUAUAAAAGACUAUUAUUUAAACAAUUUGUCCAAGUCUCAGGUCUUUUUGGCCCACAGUUUCUGAGUUAUUUGCCGAAACGUUUCAUGCAUCUUUGUAGAGCUUUGUAUGGAGACGCCAUAUUGGUGCACAGUUUUGGUGCACCAAUAUGGCCGCCGAUAAUCAACAAAAACAUCUGGAGUUCACUUGUUCUAUAGAAGCUCCUUCUUUUCACUCGAGAACUAGCCUACGUGCGCAUAAACAUAUCUUCUAAUACUUGAAAUGGUUAUACUGCUGAAAAUCAAGAGGAGAGACUUUUUUCCAGCAGUCCUAUUUUGGUGUCACGCACUGUGAAAACUCGGAAGUUCAAAUUGCUGUAUUUUCGAAAUGAAACAUGCUAUGGGACUGAAAACUUGUAAAAAGAUUAACUUUUUGUUUAUCUUCAACCUAGUGUAAAUAAGAAUUCGUAAAACCUCGCUAUUUUGACUUUACAAUUUGAUGACGUCACUGUGAAAACCAUCUAUUCGAACCAAGAAAACUGAUCUUCUACGCAUUUCUAUUGGUUCAAAAGCCCCAAGUGAUCGCGUAAGUCACUAAGCGGAGAGGUCUGGACGCCAGUUCAAGCACCAAACAUGGCGUCAAAUCACGGCACGAUCGUGGAGAUGUCUGUCUUUAAAGGCUUUAAAUUGUGGUCCCUUUCAGAGUUAAUUGUACUAUUCCGACGCUGUCGAAGAGUAAAGCAGUGAGAGGAAAAUACUGCAUUGUUCUCCCAAGUGAGGGAACCUUUGAAAAAAGGCAGCAGUCUGAUAUACACAGCCGUUCUGAGUGUCGUCACGCAACGCUCCUUCCCACUAAAAACGGCUGGGUAGCAGACUAGCCUAUCCACGGAUGCGGCAAAAAAAACUCUAAUAUUGCUUGUGUAGGUUGGCCGAAGUACUUCAUACAAAGCAAUCUCAUCAAUCAGGUUGGACUCGAGUAAUAGGGAAAAUCUUAGCUCUCAACCAAAACACACUUCAAUACCGAGAAGAGUUAUGUGCGUAGUGGGAUCAUUUCCAGUACUGGCUAUUUAAGUACGGGACCCGUACAUCGUCUUGUAUUUGCUAUUCAUACGGGAUUCCGACUAAACUGAUUAGGUAUAUUUAAGCACUGACUCGAAACUGUUAGCCUCUAAUUAGGGUUACGGUUGUUGUUAUUAUAUUAUUAUAUGUGAAUAAAAUCAAACUCCACCGUAGCGAGUUACUACUCCGCAGUAGAGUGGUAACGCGACGAAUUAUGGAUUCUACGUCCCUGGAUCGGUUCUCAAUCUUAAUUGCCACAUCGAAUUUUUCUUCUUUUCAAAAUUUGCCGCUGAAAUUUUUCCUUAAAAAUGGAACAGUGGUUGAAGAGACUUACACUUUCAUGGAAAUUUGUGGAUCAGAAAUUUCAAGAGAUUUUAAGUAGAGACUUGAUCCUGUAUGUCAUAGCAAAUACACGUUGGUGUACGGGUUCUGUACGAAUAGCAGCACUGUGUCAAUGUAAUGAAGCAAUUGCAUGUUGUUAAUAACAGUGAUCUUCUCAUAUUUUAAAUGCAACUCUGAUUUUAAAAGAUAAAUGGCAGACAGCCCUACUAAAAAAUAAUUUUCUAUAUUUAUUUUUUUUAACAGGAUCAUUUUUUUAUUAAGCACACAAAACAUUCCUCUUUAUAGUUAGCAAUAAAAUUUCUUACACUGGGACUUUCAGCGUCGGUGAACAUUAUACUUUUGCAUUAUCUGUGUAAUUUAAACGCACUAGCUAUUUUGCUUUUAGAAAGCUUCCAAAUGUUUCCUAUUUUUCUAUCCAAUAAAAAGUGCAGACUUGAACAUGUGGUUAACAAGUUGAUGAGUUGCUUGAUUACUGAAUUUCUAUGGAUUUUCUCAUACAAACUGCAUGGUAUUCUAUCUAACUCCAUGGGUACGCUAUGGCAUUCCAUGGAACUGCAUCGGUACUUCAGGGAACCCCAUGGCAUUCCAUGGAACUCCACGAUAUUCCAUGGAAUUUCAUGGCAUUCCAUGGAACUCCAUCACUACUUCAUGGAACUCCGUGGAACUCCAUGGCAUUCCAUGGAACUCCAUGGAUACUCUAUGGAUACUCCAUGGAAGUUCCGUGGAAUUCCAUGGAUUUCCAUCUAUUUCCAUGGAAUUCCAUGGAUUUCCAUAGAUUUCAAUGGAUUUCCAUGGAUUUCCAUGGAAUUCCAUGGAGGUAUUUUACACAGGGGUGAAACUUACUUUGCAUAUUUGUCUGGCAGGAAUUGUUCUAGCAGAAUUGACACCAUUGUGCUAAGAUUUGCAUUUCUGUUUCCUUCUAGGUACUCAUAUUUAAAUGCUUUGUUUUGGAUGUGAAUUUUAAGCCUUAGGAGAAUCUCUUCUCUUUGAUGAAUCCUUUGAGAGGAAAAAAAUUGUUUAUUUAUCACAAACAAUGAGUCACAUGCCUGUCGCUAAUGGACAGUCAAGCCAGAAAAAACAAAAUUAAUACAAGGUAAUGCAAAAAGAAACCAUCACAACUUGGCAUACUAACAGAUUGUUCUAUCCCUCCUUUUGUUAGUGGCACUGGUGAUUCGUGAUUCUUAGUUAUUUUGAAUAACUUUUUUUAUGUGAAUUCUAUCAAUCAUGUGUUGGAUGGUUUCAUGUAUAGGCGAGCAAUGAGCAAAACACCCAUGUCCAUUAUACUUUUACAUUGUAAACCAAUGAAUAAAAGGUUUACUAUCCAACUAAAUAAAAUCACAUCAUGUUUGCUUUGUCCAGUCCUUGCAUGCUGUUGCGUGCGCUCAUUGUGUGUGCUUUGUCCUCCUUCAUUAUGGCAGUAAAAAAUUGGGCUAUCACAUUUAAUAGCCACACCCUCUUCCCGAUUGACAACAUAUAAUAAACUUCCUUCUUACUCCUGACGAAUUCUAUUAGACUGCAUUCACCCGGGAGACUUCCUUAAGAUAUGAAUUUACCCCUGAGGAACUUAUUGAACAGUACUUUUUUUUCUUAAUAAAAUUCCAUGAAUUCUUUGUUUACCCUGAAUAACUCCAAUGUUUAAGACUAUUCUUCAAGGACUUCCAAAACUAUUACAAUAUACCCCUAGAGAAUUCCACUGAUCUUUGCUCCCUUCCUUAACGAAGCUAAGGGGGAGUGCUGAUAUCAAUUAUGCAAUAGUCCAUUUCAAACUGGGAUUGUACAUUGCAAUACAGAAUUUGCCCAUUCUCUUGGUAGUCACUUAGUAUGGUGAAAUGGCAUAAGACUGGAAUAACAGGUAGUGUUGUCAAAGAAGAGGAGUCCCGGCCAACACUGGCAAAAAUAAAUAAGAAUAAGCUUAAAAAUAAUAAUAAUUAAGUGUCAUAAUCCAUUGUAUGGGCCUUGUGAUCUCUGAAUAGGAAUUCUCUUAACGAUCUCUUAUCCUGCAACAACAGCUUGAUGUCUUUUUUAUUAUUGUUAUCAUAUUUUUAAACAAAAGAAAAAACGUUGAAACUGGAGGUACCUUUCAUCUAUGUGACGUAAACAUAGAUCACAGGGCCCAUUGUCAAUUAAAUGCACAGCUUGAUCAGCAAUAUUUUCUACGAAUUCAGUAGAACUACAAACGAACAAGCAACGUUCUAAAACUCACCUUAAUUCAACUCGAGGGAAGAGAUAACUGUAGCCUCUGCACACAUACUGUAUAUCAAAAGAGCUCAUGAUUUAAUUGUUCACGUACGAAGAUCCAUUCGGAAAAAUUGUCGGCGAUCGUAUAACUCGGUCCCAGUCUCAGGAUCGAGGAAGGGCCCUCUCGUCUAUCCCUUCAAGUGACUACCCGUUUCAGACCUUUUGUGUUACUGCUCACGCGUACUUGAAUACGCCAAAAUCUGCUGACGGACAGUUUUGUUACAAUUAUUGUAACGACAUAGUAUCACGAUGGUCAAGAUUCCUGUUUUAAUCUUAGAAGUACAUUGCGCACAUUGUGACGUCAUAAUUACAUAAUUUAUGACACUCUCCCGGGCCGAUUAGAUAAGAAAUAAUAUGGAAUGAUUAGCAAAGGAUAAAAGUUUAAGACUAGUAUCGUAAUGAAUCUGAUAUCGUUCAUGUCAAGUAUUCAUUUGUGAUUGUUCACGGAUUCUAUGAAUUGCCUUCUGAGCGGCAAGUCGUACUGGGAAACGUCGUUUAUCAGCUAUAGCUUCUUUGUCUUCCUUCUCAAUACCUUGUGCAUUGUUCUCGCUCGACACUUCCAAUGGAUAAAGCUUCUCUAUGGGUCUUAAUAGUUCAUUACCAGAACUUCUUCUUAAAGAUACAGAUCUGACUAAUCCGUCUUUCCCUUUAUGUAAAUCAGUAACAACACCUAUUUUCCACUGAUUACGUGGUACAUUAUCAUGUAUGAGAACAACGUCUCCUAUAGCAACUGCUGUCUUGUUUGAUGCUUUCUUUUGGUAAGAGUUAUAUUCACGCAGGCUUGUCAGAUAUUCCUUUUGCCAUCGUGUCCAGAAGGCUUGUAUCACUAUCUCGUGAUACUUUGCUCUCUUCGUUAGCUCUUUUAUUGAAACAUCAGUUGGGAUAUAGUCUGGAUCUGAUUCUUUGACGCUAACUCUUGUGUCUGGUAAUGUCAGAAGACGGUCCACAUAAGAAAGGUGAUGGCGUUAAGGGAGAGGCAUCGUUAAUAUCCACGUAAGGAUAUGUCAAGGGACGGCUGUUUAACACUGCCUCUACCUCAAUGAGUAUGGUGUUCAGUUCAAUCAUGUUCAGAUAGGCUUUGCCUAUAGUUUUUUUGAGACAUCUUUUCACUAGUCCAAUAAGUCUUUCGUAGAAUCCUCCCCACCACGGAGCUCGUUCUGUUAUGAAUUUCCAAGUGAUGUUAUGGUUGGCGAGGAACUGUUGUGAUGCAUUUGGCUUGAGGACUUGGUUUUUUAUCGUUUGGAGUUCUUGAGCUCCAGCUUUGAAGGUUUUUGCAUUGUCAGAAAUGAUACACUCGGGAACACCUCUUCGACUAAUGAAUCUUUUGAAUGCCCUAAGAAAGGCCUGGGUUGUCUGAUCUUCCACUAUGUAUGGUGUAUGGCUCGUACUGCGGCACAAGUGAAUGGACAAAUAUAAACUUUAGAGGAAGUUUGAUUUCCUUGGUCACGAACAUAAUGAGGACCUGCGUAAUCGAUGCCUGUAAAUUGAAAGGCCUGUGAUUGUAGAACUCUUGAUUUCGGUAAAAGUGGUGUGGGUACAGAUCGAAAUGGUGGUCCUUGGAUUUUUCUACAUGUCACGCACUUGGAGAUGAUUUUUUUAACUAACUGUCGACCUUGUGGUAUCCAAUAUGUUUGUCUGAUGUGAGUUAGUGUUUCACAAACUCCACCAUGCAUAACCGUCUUGUGCAUAGAUUGGACGAUGAGUGUAGUCAAGUAAUUAUCUUUUGGUAUGAGGAUGGGAAACUUUGCAUCGUAGGGUAGAUCUGUGUACCGUAACCUUCCACUACAGCGAAGUAGGUCUUCAUCGUCAAGAUAAAGAUUGAGUUGUCGUACGAUGGCAGGUUUUUUGAAUUUAUCGCUGUUCUUUAGGUAUGAUAUUUCUUGUUUGUAAGUUAUUUGUUGAGUUGCUUUUAGUAACAAAUUUCUGGCUUCCAGCAUUUCUUUUGUGGUGAGGAUGUUAUCAUUAUACACUUCGGGUGUUUUCCACUUUCUUGCAAAGAGUACAAGAAGGGCAGUGACUCUGACUACGCGUAUUAGAGUGCUGUAUUUCGUUAAGUCAAUGAUGUUCAGUAUGUUUGGACUUUCUUCAAUAUCUGGCAUAACUGUAACUGCCAAUUGUGGGCUCUCGUACUCUGCAUGGAUUGAUGUUCCGGGUUGUCGAGGCCAUUUGUCUUCUGGCUCUCUCAGCCACGGCGGUCCUUGAAACCAUAGCUGUUUCCUGUCAUUGAAUAUUUUUGUAUCAAGUCCCCGAGUCAGCAAGUCGGCUGGAUUCAUCGAUGUUGGGCAAAAUCUCCAUGUGUUGGAUGAUGUUAUUUCUUUUAUCUUGUGUACUCGCGUACGAACAAAUUGUGGUAAUUGUUUAGUAGACGAUAUCCAAGAUAACACUGUUUGGGAAUCACUCCAGUAUAUGACUUCGCAUUUGGUUUUGGUGAGCUGUAGUGUCUUGGUUAGAUAUUCAGAUAAUUGCGCUCCUAAGAGUGCUGCUAACAAUUCCAGUCGCGGAAGGUUCUGUGUUUUAAUGGGUGCAACUCUGGUUUUAGCUAUUGUGAACGCAGUGUAUAUUUCAGCUCCUGACAUUCCUCUUAGGUAAGCUACUGCUCCCGUAAGCUAGUUGGCUGCUGUCGCAGAAUAUAUGAAGUUGCCUAUUAGAAAUGCUUGUGAGCAAGUAUGGUCUGGGUAUUUCAACCGACGUCAAAUUGCUGAUAUUGCUGAUCCAGUUUAGCCAUUGGUCUUUAUUUUCGCUUGGAACAUUCUCAUCCCAGCUCAAGUUUUGUUUCCAUAGAUCCUGGAUCAUGAUCUUUGCUUUAACUGUAAUGGGUUCAACAUAUCCCAGGGGGUCAAACAAUUUUGACGCAAAGCUGAUCGUGGAUCUCUUAGUAAGUUUUGUGAUAGCUUCUGAUUUUCUGAUCCUUUUUUCUAGUGAAAGGGAUAGCAUGUCAUUUGUUGAGUUCCACGUGAGUCCUAGGAUAUUUGUCGUUUGAGCUGCAUGUGCAUUAUCUUCUUGUGCUCUGAGAUUUAAAGCGGUUGAGUUAGAGGUCCACUGUCGUAGAUUCAUGCCUGCUUCUUGUAGAUAGCUUCGCGACAAAGAAUAAUAUUCUAAGGCUUUAUCGUCACAAUUAGUUCCUGUGACCACAUUGUCUAUGUACAUGUUCUCUGUUAGGUCCUUCGUUAUCCAGUUAUCUUUUUCGUUGAGGUGAUAUCGUAUUGUUGCGUUUAGUAGAAAGGGUGAGGGCGCUGCUCCAAAUAGAACGCGGCAAAAUCUGUAAGCUUCCAAAUUGUCCACACUGUUAACGGAUUUGUUUAUGUCUUUUAGCCAUAAGAAUCUAGUAGCGUCCCUGUCUUGGUUAUUUAGUUCGAUUUGUAGGAAAGCUUUUUCUAUAUCUGCUGUCAAGGCUAUUCUGUGGGUCCUGAACUUAAGUAGGAUACCAGUUAGAUCCUGCAUUAGAUUUGGACCUGUGUGUAGACAGUCAUUUAGACUCAAUGCUUCUGAUGACACUCUGGCAGAUGCGUCAUAAACUAUGCGCAUCUUGGUUGUCGCGCUGUCUGAUUUAAACACAGGGAAGUGGGGAAUGUAAUGCAAAAUGCCUUCGUGAAGAUUGAGGUUCGUCACUUUCUCUAUGAAACCGAGAUUAACUUGUUCAAGGAGUUGUUCGUUGUAUUUCUUAAUAAGUCCUAGGUCUUUCUUGUUGAGGCUGUUUAGAAGACUGUUCAAUCGUCUUUCGCUUAAAAUGAGGUUUGUUGGUAGAUCGUGUUUGUUUGGUUUCCAUGGGAGUCUUACGUUGUAUCUGCCAGUUACCUUAUUAAAUCGGAUGGUCUUCUGAAAUUUUAUGAUGAUAUCAUCAUUGGAAACGACUAUUACGGUCAGCUGAUUACUGGAAAAAUAAUAAAAACUUUAUGUAGACUUUUGAAGUCUACAUAAACAUGUAUGUGUACCGAAAAAAUGCAUAUUAAGGUAAGAUGUAUCAAGUAUAGCGAGACCAAUAAUAAAAUUACAGCGGUUACCACGAACACGCGCCUUUGGAGGUUUUUUUUCUGUGUGUUUAAACCUGAGUUUUCGUGGACGUCAAUCAACUGUUUCCAUGGUUUUCCACGCGCUCUGACAUUCAUCGCUGAAUGAAGGGCGAAUAAUUUCGAACGACGACGGCUUUUUAAAUUAUGUUAUUAAGAUGAAGGAUCACAUUGUUAAAACAACGAGGUCUCUGCGAGCUGAGUGAAAUAGCCGAAACAUUCCCUAUAGUUUACGUAACGGUUUUCAGGUUGUUUAUUUAUUUGAUUGGAUGAAAACACGGGAGCCGUGGACGCAUUGCCAAGAAGCUAGUAUAAAUUCAAAGAAACAAAAGACAUCACACUGAAAAGGGAAAAAGUUUCCUCUGAAUGGAGGCUGUUUCCGAAAAUGAAUUUUACUACUUAUUUCAUUCUUCAUGUUAUCGAAUAGAAACCAGAACUAGCAAGAACUCAGAGCGAUUGAGAAAGCUUAUGUGGUUGUAACUUAAAGUGUGUAAAUAUGUCGAUAAUUUGAGUUUCCUCCGAAAAACACUCAACAAAUUCUUUCUCCUCGUAAUCUUGACAUGCAGCGGCGUCAGAUCCUGCAGCAAAAUAUUGCAAAAACGGCUGAAACGCCGACAUAUUCUUCCGAGUGCUCAAUAAACGGAGAACUUGAGAAUCUUCUCUAGGCCAACGCGUGAAAAACCAUGGUAACGAUUGAUUGACGUCCACCAAAACGCAGGUUUGAACUGAAGGAAAAACCCUUUGAAGGCGCGCGUUAGUGAUAACCGCUGUAAUACAGUAUAUCCUAUCUAGAAAAGUUCAGUUAAAUAGUUGGCAGGCUCUUAUAAAACCUUGGGAUGGAUUUUGUGGACCUUUGGAGGAGCGGACGCAUCCGCUACCUCCACCUGAUUCAGGUGCUUCGUUUUCGAGUUUUGGGGUCUUCGUUUUCGAGAUUUGGGUGCUUCGUUUUCGAUCUAGGGUGCUUCGUUUUCGAGUUUUGGGUGCUUCGUUUUCGAGAUUUGGGUGCUUCGUUUUAAAUCUAGGGUGCUUCGUCUUCGAGAUUUGGGUGCUUCGUGCCUCGGUCUUCGUUUUCGAGUGCUUCGUUCUCGAAACUACCACAUUUGUUGGCACGUACAUCAUCUCUAGCUUUGAUUGUUAAACCGUGUUGUAGGACUGGAUUACUGCAGGUUUCUACAAGCUUAGGAUAACUCUAUGGGAACAUUUUAAUUCAUAAAGGUGGCCUUCUCCUUUUGGCUGGUGGUACCGAAGAAAAUGGUACCUUCCUUGAUUUCUGUAGGUUUCUACUAGCUUACGAUAACUGUAUAGGAAUAUUUUUAUUCGUAAAAGUGGCCCUAUCCUUUUCGCUGGUAUUACCUGAGAAAGGUACCCUCCAUAUAUGGGUUUUUAAUUGCUAAACGAUCAUUCAAGUUUCAAUAACAUUGAAAACAGGGAACGCUUUUAAAUAGGGUCUCAAAUAUAAUAAAGAUUUUGUGUUUACAAGUGAGCAUUCUCAUUAUUCACUGCUGGCAUUGUUUCCAAGUUUCAUAUGCACGUGCACAACGAGCAAAAAAGUAGAAUUUGCAUCAAAAAGGACCCUCGGUCACAUGUGAAACUUGCAGGGUGUAUUUAUUGACAAUUGAUCUCUGAAUUGUCAAGUGUAUAAAAAAAUUGAUUGAGCAGUUUUUUGACUAAUGUGAAAUUUGUAGGCAUGGACCAAAUUACGUGCAAAAACUGUAACAAAAGCAGCUGAAUGCAGGUUAAUAAAAUUCAUCUUACUCGCGAUCGCCCAGAGCAAUUCCCCUCUCUUUUUGUAGGCAGUUUUCAAUGGAAGCAAACCACUAUGAGAUGAAGCCGCGCUUUCAAAGCUUAUCAUUUUCUUUAAGUAUUAGCUAAUAGUGUGGAUAGCCACUGGAAUGCAGGAUGAUUGUUAGGCGUAAUCGGCUCUACAUGAUAAAGUAUAUGUAACUGGCUUUUACUACUCUAUUCGCGGAGCACCAUGCGCAUGCCAUUAAAUGUGGUGCGGGAAAACUGUCAGUAAUCUCUGACACUGCUACCCGGUUCAGGUCUGGCGAACCGUUGACGAGUUUCAAGCCACUGAAAGGCAAACAUGAAAUGACCAUCACAAAUCCCAGAAACCCAUACCGCAUCGCUCGUCGCACGGGUUACCAAGGAGCACGUUCUGCUGCUGUCCCGACCUCGGCACAGUGAUCGGAAAAUCAGCUACGGGGUGAACAAGCCAAAUUUCUUACAUGCGAAAAACCUACAUUGAUUUCUACCUUCAAUGAUCAUACGCUAAACCCUAUAAAUCAGAUGUCCGAACUUGUCUUAUCUGCCAUCGAACUGAAUAUCAAUGUCAUCUGUAUUCAGAAACAUCGUUACUUUCACUCUGAUGUUUAACUAAAACAUCAUGAUUUCGGGAAAGGCUGGAUCUUCAUCUCAGCCCCUUCUUGGAAAAAUUCCAUAGGUGCUACCAGUGGACUGAGUAACAUGCCAACACCGCCAAUAGCUCAUAAAGCGCUCACAAGCAUCAAAGAAAUUGAACCCAGAGUCCCCAUAGCUAGCUUCAACGCCAAUGCCAAAACAACCGUCAUCUCCUGCUAUUCACCAACAAACUCUAGCGAUAAAGACGAGGUGACACAUUUCUAUGUUUGUCUCUUCUCUUGUCAGACAAGUUCCAAACCAUAACGUCCUGAUCAUCGGCGGAGAUAUGAAUGCUCAGAUUGGUAUCAGCAACGUACAUUAGUCUGCUUACCAUAUGUCUUCUAACAGAAACUGUCUCAAGAGAAUCAACAGAAUCAGUGGAAUCAUUUAUAAAUCUAGAAAGUGAAAUCAGUUCCAUGCACCCAAAAAGACACGAAAAUUCGCAUAGCUAAAGCCUGGAAUGCCCUGAAUAACAUGGACACAAUGUGGAGAUCCGUUCUUUCAGACAACCUCAAACGGAGCUUUUUUCAUGCCACUUUUGAAUCAGUUUUAAUGUAUGGUGCCUCUGCCUGGUCAUUAACUAAAUCCCUCGAGUCCAAACUCGAUAGAACCUAUAACGGGAUGCUGAGAGCCAUACUUAACAUCUUCUGGAGACAACAUCCAACCAAACUGCAGCUUCGUGGACCCAUCCCUGAUAUUUCUACAAUCUUUCGUGAACGAAGAAUGCGCUUUGCAGGUCACUGCUGGCGAGCAAAACUAGAACUCGCAAGCGAGCUACUGCUCUGGUCACCUGACCAUGGUAAAAGGCGGGUUGGUUGCCCUACAAUCACCUAUAUCAAUCAACCCUGUAGAGACACGGGAUGCCUUCCAAACGCUCUCCCUGCUUUGUGGAAGGACCGUGAUGGAUGGAAUAAUAGACUCAUGAAUGCCAGAGCUAGUUCGACCUGAUGUUGAUGUGUGGAUAGCAUGCUAUUUCACUGUUUUUAUGAUUCUUAAAACUUUGUUUCAAAUAUUUCCAAAACGCUUUCAUAAAAUUUGUUCAAACUUUGCCGUAAUUGAGACAAUUAUGGCAGGUAAAUACUCCCUUAAGCGAUUUCUUAAAAAAACUCCUAGUACAGAGAAACACAAAGAUAAAUAAAAAACUUAAUGGUGUCAUUACGUUCCCAUGGCGACUCCGAUUGCAAUAAAACCCAGGUCAUAAGAAAUGUUCAUCUUUAUAUAACACAGUUGUGGUAACCUUUUUCCCAUAUCUUUACUCAUGCCGAAGUAGUUAAUGCUCAAAAUUGUGAGGUAUCCCCCCCAAAAAAAUCCAAUCGAGCCACCUUAAGGAGGGUCUCAAAUCUGACCCGACUAAUUAUAGGCUAUUCUCUGAUUUGCCUGUAGUUAGUAAGUUACUUGAAAGAGUUGUUUUUAACCAGCUGUAUCAGUAUCUACGUGGCAAUAAUCUACUAACAGAUUCUCCGUCUGGUUUUAGACCUUAAUGUUUUCCACUGAAACAGCUUUGUUAGAGGCUGCUUUAACACUUUGUAGAUGCAGAUCGCAUUACAUUGUUACACUCGAACAUAAAGAUGGUGUGGAUGGCGACAGUUAUGUCCAUUUCCAACGUCCAUAACAAUUGCUGUUGGAGUAAUAAGGCAACUAAUGAAUGGCUGUGGAAUAUUGACUAUAGCAAUAUUAAUGGCGUAACAUUUCUUGACGUAAAAAAAGCCUUUGACACUAUGGACCAUGUGAUUUUACUGGAAAAGCUCUCACUCUAUGGGGUCAGUUCUCUCUCCCUUAACUGGUUUCGGUCAUAUCUAACUGAAAGAAAACAACAAACGUUCAUUGAUGGAGCAUUCUCAGAUUUCUGUGAUGUUACACGUGGUAUUCCACAAAGAUCUAUUCUAGGACCUCAGUUAUUUACUGGUUACAUCAAUGAUCUUCCUGCCUAUAACCUCUUCUGUAAACCCAGAAUGUAUGCUGAUGAUACUACACUUACUUCAUCAGCUGAACACCCUCUUGGUCUAGAACAAAGAAUGAACUAUGAUAUGAAUCAAAUCCAGCCAAAAAAACCAAAUUCAUGCUUAUUGGGAACCAUUAUAAGUUAUCUCAUAUGAAAAAAAAUUUCUCAGUUAAAAUCAAUGAUGCCUCAAUAGCAAGGGUAGUAUAACAUAAAUAUCUGGGAGUUCACACGGAUUAACGUCUAAAGUAGCACUCACAUGUGAAAGUUAUUACUAAGAAAAUAACUGCUGGUCUUACAGUUUUGAAACGCAUCAGCCCCUUCAUACUAUUCGAGACAAGAAUGAAUACGUACAAUGCAUUAGUAAUGCCUUACUUCAAUUACUGUAGUGCGGUCUGGGGAAAUAUUGGGAUAGGACUAGCAGAUAAAAUCCAGAAGUUACAGAAUUGGGCUGCCGGAAUUCUUACUUUUUCUAAUUACAAGGUACGCUCAAAGGUGCUGUUGGAUGUGCUUGUAAAUCACUCGCCUUCUCGUGUUCUCCCAACAUCCCAAGUGGGUUAUCACGCCGGUAAACCCAUAGAAAGUGUGGUCUAUUGCUUAAAUAUAACCCAGAUAGGUAUGUGCCGCCCGAAAUGGUCUGGUUUUUGUGGUGUUUCGGUCUGAAAACAGGUGUAGACUUUGCCCAUUUUGGUCUAGAAAAAGGUAUGGUUUUUGAGAAAACUACAGGAGUGACAAACGUACUUGUCUUUUCAAUACCAAAUGAAUUAGAGCGAAAGAGUUAUAUGCAAAUUUGAAAUGGAUUUAAAGAAAUCUUUUUGUUGGUCGUCUAAUCUAAGUAAUGAUUACGUAAUUUCUACCUUUGUAAACAUGUAUGUUGCAUUUCGUGACCUCCUCCAGGUCUGAAAAUGGGCAUGGAUUUUACUCUAAGCGUGGUGUGAAAACAGGUGUGGUAAAUGACAUUUUUUGGUCUUAAAUAGUGGCAGAAUAUGGGGAACUGGGUGGCACACCCCACCAAGAAUUCCCAGGAACACCCACUGGGCUACUUCGUGGUUGCAAAAUGAAUAUUUUUUAUUUGUUUGUUUACAGCUAACACAAUAUUCAACAUGGCCUCCAGCACAACUUCAUAUGCAUCCACCAAGGAGACAACAAAUUAUGCUCGUCUGUGUCGUCUUCUUGUGGAUGUAGGUUCUCAGACAUUAAGAAACAAAUUUGAUAGUAUUCACCCACCAGCAGGCCUAAAUGGAGAUCUUACAAAACCUCCUGUACACCCAAUACUGCAGGCACUUAGAACGAGGAGAAUUCUUAAUCCCACUCAAUGGGCCAAGCUGUAUCCCCCUUCACCUUCAUCCGUAUCUUCGAAAGAGUUUGAUGUGACACUGCUGAUGUUGCUCUUAAGGAAUAUAUGUGGCUUGACUCCUCCUACCACUGGUUGGGAUAAUCUCCCACCUGCUGCAGAUACGAGUGCUGAAGCUAACAUAGCAAGGGUGAAGUAUUACCGGAACCUUGUAGUUGGACAUGCGAGCCAGGCAUCUGUGGAUGAUGCAACAUUUAAUUCCUAUUGGCGGGAUAUAAGUAAUGCACUGGUAGGACUGGGUGCAGAUGCCACCGCUAUCAAUAAGCUGAAGACUGAGAGUAUGGAUCCUGUCUUUGAGAAACACUACCAAGAAUUACUGAGGGAGUGGAAGAAAGAUGAUGAUAACAGCAAAGACAGACUUGACGAGAUUGAAGGUAACUUAAAAAGUCAAUAAUUAUUGUGGAUUGAAGAAAUAACAAUAAGCUUCAAAACACUGUUAUGCAUAAAGAAAUGCUAGAACUGAAGGUGUGAGGCAUGAAUUGUUUCAGUAAACGUUCCAUCUUUGAAUCUCUUGUAAAAUCAUUAUAACACAUGUAUUACACAUAGACUAAAGUUUAUUAUUAUUAUAAUUAAUAUUUUUUGAGCGAUCGGAAUAAAUAUCACCUGACAAUUACAUCACAAUAGUUCUAGCUCUUAAUCGAAUUGCAGCCCUUAUCGGCAUUUUCUUUAGAAAUGCUUGACGCUACCUGUACUUUGGGUGCUUGUCUUCUGUUGUUCGAAGUUUCACACAAAUCUACAAAGGGAAUUUUGAGAUAUCUUGGAAUUUCUACUACUAGGGCAUAAAUUAUGCAUGAACUGAAGACUGGACUCAAUGCAGACAAAUUUGCUACCUUUUAGAUGUUUCCGAGAAAUUGUUAUCACUCGUUCGUUUUGUAAAUGACCCUCAUACACUCCACAACUGGCUAAACGUAACUAGACUCGGGCGAUUUCGAAAAACACGAAAACAUGUAAAUCGGGGUAAAACACAGUGCUGAGCUCUUUUUGUAAUUUCAAAGGCUACUUUCGCGAAAACAGUGAUUAAACUAAAAUUCGUCAAUAGUUGAUAAAGUUGUCUAGCGUAGGCGCAAAAUUGUAAAAUUAAACGAGACUUACCUGUAGGUACAAGUUUGAUUACAAUUCUAUCUUGUCAUCAGUCCGGAACGAAGGAGUCACAUGAGAUGGGCAUGCGCGUUGUGGAUCAGUAGUUAACGUGAGUGAUACAGGAAAAAGGAACGAAGGAGACAGGAGGGACGGUACAAUAAGGGCAUGUGACUCUUUCGUUCCGGACUGAUGACAAGAUAGAAUCGUAAUCAAACUUCAACUUACAGGUAACUCUCGUUUAAUUUUAUAAUUCUAACUUGUCAUCAGUCUGUGUCACUAAGGAGUCACAUGAGUCCUGUAGAACGAACUACCCGUCCAAUGUAAACAGUUCUAUUCGCAGAACAUGAUGAACAAAGACAACACUGAGAUUACACUGUGUCCUAAUUUAACAAUACUGCAGAGCCAAAAAUUGCUUGAGGGGUGUCAACAGGUUUAUCAUGAAAUCUGGAGAAAGUGCUUGAAAUAGGCCAUCCUGCACUUUUCAUAAUCUCUGCUAGGUUUAAACGUUUAGCCUUGCAACUGGAUGUGGAUGCUACUCUGUUGCUAUGAGCCGAGUACUUCUUAAUGUCAAUACCAGCUGCCACUAACACUUGCUUAAUCCACCUGGAAAUGGUAUCUUUGGAUACAGGUUUGAAUGGUUUGGCGCAGCUUAACAGUAACUUCUGUGCAAUGUAAAUAUUCCUUUAGAUGUUCAACCACACAGAGUUUCUUAUCGUUUUGAUAAGCAAAUAAAUCAAUGGGUUCUAAAUGUCUUCCAGGUUUAGUCUGCUUCAGUGUACCACAUAUAGUUAUUCGGUAUCUGCCGUCCAUUUCUUGAAUGUAGCUGACAUCCAUCUUGUGUAUGCUCUGUCCUCUCUGCCCAGUUGUGAGGCAGAGUAGCAGGGUCAGAUUUAAAGUAACGUCCUUGAAAGAUAACGAGCUUAUGGGCUCAAAAGUUCUUAAAUAUCCUAAUACAAUAUUUACAUCCCAAAUUUUGGUAUAUUUGGGCAAUGUUUCAACUAAAAAAUCCCUUUCAUGCAGCGGACUACUAGUGGGUGUUCUCCAGACUUGACUCCAUCCUUCAGAGCAAGGAUGGAGGAAAGCACAGAACGCAAUGUGUUUAUAGCACGAUACCCCAGCCCUGCGUUGUAUAAAAAACAAUGAAUUCAAUGUCAUUACUUACACCGAGCUCAAAAACAUCAAUGUUCCUUUCUAUACAGUACUGUUGCCAUUUGGUAAGAUAAGUUUGGUAUUGCUUGGAGGUACCUUCCUCCAUGAAGCCAUAAGCACGUCUUUUGCACAUUGUGACAAAUGAUACUGGUUCAAUCCCUCCCGCAUAAGAAGACAAACGAGGAAGUUCAACUUGUGUCAGAUUGGAUGAAUUCCCUUCGGAUAGCUGGGCAGCUGAAGUAGAUCUUUCCUUGCUUUGAGUUGUACUGGUUUUUCCCUGAGUAAUUGAAGAGCUGCCAGGUAGCACGCCUGUGUUGGACAGUCUGACAACACGGAAACCCCCAUUGCUCCCUCGCAAUUAAAUUUGCUUAACGCUGGUGGAAUAACACUGAAAGGAGGGAAGGCAUAAAAAUACAGGUUAGACCAAUCUAGGCUAAAAGCAUCAACAGCAAAGGCCUCUGGUUCAGGUCUAAAGACACAUAUUUUGGAAAUUGGUUGUUAAUACGAGAGGCAAACAAGUCAACAUCAGGCUUAAAAUCUAGUGUCUCAAGGGCAUUACAAAGAGAUACUUUGCCAAACUGCCACUCAGAUUCUCCUUGGUUUCUUCUAGAUUCAAAAUCUGCAAUUAGGUUAUUUUUCCCAGGGAUAUGUGCUGCACUUAUCCAUAUCUGGCGAGCUAUGCACCUCUCCCAAAUCUCCUUAACUAGAGAAUUACAAGGAUCAGAGUGACUUGUGCCCAUGUGGUUAAUGGCAUUCACUGCCGUAGUGCUAUCACACCUUAUUCUACUAUGUGUGUUGCUUUUUCCUUUAGCAAAGUCUGGAGGCCUAAAAAAAUUGCUAACAUUUCCAAAUAGUUGAUGUGGUGUUUCGACUCUGAAUGAAACCAAUUCCCUCCUGCGGACAUCCCUGUAGAUUCAGCCCCCAACCCGUGCAGGGCAGCAUCUGUUGUUAUUUGAUGUGAGGGUUGUGUGUGGUUUAUCAUAUUGUAUGUAGUUACGACAUUUUCGAUCCAGCAUUGUAAUUCAGAUUUAGCAAGGCUGGAUAGAGACAUUGAGGCAUCAAAAUUGCCCUUUUUCUUCUUAAGGGCUUGGGAUUUGUCUUUUUCAGGUGUCGGUAGUGAAGGGCCCCAUGCAGUGUCAUUACCAAUGACACUUGCCACUUCCCUAAUAGAUAGAGAUGGGCAUGGUACUAACUCUGUACAAACCCUUUGCUAACCAGCGGUUUUUUCCCUGGUAAGCUGUAGUGUCAUUGUUACUGAAUUUAUUACAAACCCCAAAAUCUUGAGGAUUUGGGUAGGUUUGAAAAAAAAACUUCUCCGGAAGUACAACCAACUCCAAUUUGUCCAGCAAUAGAGUGGUGUCUAUAACAUUUUUGACACAUUUGUCAUAAGUUUGCCCUUGCAAGUAAAGUUCAUCAAGAUGUGCGACAGCUAUGUGACCUUGCUUGUGCAAAGAGGAUAGUGGGGGUUUGAGGAUUUUAGUAAAAAUCCUUGGAUCACAUGACAGACCAUUGGGAAAGCAAAUGAAUUCCUAUAGGUUGCCCUCCCAAAUAAAGCUUAAAAAUUUUCGGUCUAAAGAUCUGAUGUGAAUGGAAUAAUAGGCAUGUUGUAAGUCAAUAGCAGCCAUAAAACAGUUUUUGGUUACAAGUUUUGUUGUGGUGGAAAGUGGGAGUUUUCUUGCGGGGGCGGUAGCCUUUGAACCCCCAGUGAGCCUUUGAAUGUCGUUUUCGUCGUCCAGCUCGUCACCAACUAGCGUGAAGACUCAAAUUGUCCUCUGUAUGGCUAUCAUAACGUUGUCGUUUGCAUGAGAAUUUCCUUCGGAGUCAGAGUCUGAAAUACCAAGGAGGUCAGAUGUGGACUUUCGUUUUAAGCUCAUGGGGCGUUCGUCUAUAUCAGGCUGAUCAUACAAGUUAGUCAAAAUGCUAGCCAUUUAACCCAUGUUUUUGCUUAUAUUAUCCAACGAUAUAGCAAGGUAUUUGCCAUUUAAAACAUAAACAGAAUCAAAGAUGGAAGGUGUACCUACUAAAAUACUGGGUCAAGCCACCUUAAGAGAAUACAUGCCAAGGAAGAGUGUUAGUAAUUUCAUGACCUGCAAUACAUUCCCUAUCUUUAAGUAGGCUGUAAUGACAUUGGCAAAUACACCAAGACCAACCCUGAAUUUCAGCUGUCCCUUCGAGUUAGCGUCAGCUGAAAUUUAGGCUGCCCUAGACCUUCCUGCAAACGAAAAAGGACAGUUUUUAAAAAACGUGGUGAUGGUGAUGAUAUUUUGUAGCUUCACUCCCUCCAAAAACUCUUGUACCCUUGAGAUAUUCUUGUCAACACUUGCUUGAUAAUCAUUCCAUUUAACUAGACUUUUACCUGUGAUUCCUCCUGGACUGAUCAAUGGAUUUUUGAUUCUGAUAACAAACAGAGCUACUAAAGCGCAUGAAUGAUCAGCUAAUGGAAAGUCAAAGGAAAAUUAUAGAAAGUUUGACAGAUCAUGCAGCAGAAACAAAGCAAGAAAAAGGUAUGUCUAUCACUUUGUGAUAAACCUUGGUUGUAUUCUACAGGGCCCUUAAUAUAAAUGCUCUACCUUGCACAACUUACAACCAGAUUUACAUUGAAUUUUCAGCUUAGACCCAUCAAUGGCACCGUUGCAGUUUUUUCCCCUCUGGUAUUUAAAAGUGUUGAGCCUUUUUUUGUUUUGUUUUGUUUUUUUCGAAAAUAUCAUCAAUUAGUUCUAACCACCAAGAAAAACAGUCAACAAGCAUACUUCUUUAGAUGCAAGGGUAAAUUAAAACAAACAUUAUUUGUAUUAAUUUUUGUAUGUGCGCUAUACUCGCCUUUCCUGUUUCAGGUUUCUCUUUUGUCCAGUUUCUGAGACUCAUCCUACAAUGAUAGUACAAUAGCACCCCUUUAAUACGGACACUAGGGGUGGGAGGCGGUAGAAAUAGUGUCCUCAUUUACAGGUGUUUGUUUGAGGGAGAUUCAAUUUAGAGAUAAUGUAAGGGCUUUGCCUGCAACAAAAAAAACUGCUUGUAAUAACGAGCUGCCCGCAUUAAGCGGACGUCCGUUGAACUUGGUCAGACUAACGCGGUGCUAUGAUUUUAUUUUUCUAUCAGGUGCUUUUGACCCAAAUGAAUUUAUCGAUGGCAUUCGCCAACUCUACAGCACCCGUGAAAGAUGGAUUGCACCCUUUCAGUGGUGGGAAAAAUUUCGGUUAAGCCUUGAUAACAAUUUUACCAGACUCAAAAUAGUGAGCAGGAAAAAAGAAAGAGGAACAAAGACUAAUGAAACUCUUACGAUAAACGAUAUCUUCAAACCACACGAGGAAUGCUUACAUCCUAGGACGGUGUUGAUUGAAGGGAAGCCAGGUAUAGGAAAGACCACAUUCUGUAAUAAACUUGCUUACGAUUGGGCAGCGAAGAAACAUGGGGAAGAAAAUCCUUCAGGAAGUUUUUCUUCAAACUUCCAACUAGUUUUGUUGCUGAAAUGCCGAGAAAUAGAGUCUUACCUUUGCCGGGAAGGACAGCUUUUACCUCGAUCCAAGAAAGAACAACUGGAAGAAAUUUUUAAAUCCGUUCUUUGGAACGCCAUUGAUGAUCAACUUCUGCCUCAAGAUGUCACAAAAGAAGAUAAAGAGGAAUUCUUCAAAUUCAUUCGCCAUAAUCAGCCAGACAUUUUACUGGUACUUGACGGAUUGGAUGAGUUGCCUACCAAUAUGUUACCAGCGUUUAAGGAAGUAAUUCAAGGAAGAAUCUUACAAAGAUGUCACAUUGUAGUCACAGCACGACAGGAGGUUGGUAUGGAGGUGCGCGAAUGCUGCGAUAGGUUGCUAGAAAUUGAAGGUUUUACCAAAGACGACGCCCGAGAGUUUAUCGUCAAAUACUUUAAAGAGGACGCUCAUUUGGCCGAGAAGCUAUUAAUCAAACUAAACCUUGACGAAAACCUCAGACAGCUGACAGAAAGUCCUUUAAACACUGUACUUCUCUGUCUCCUAUGUGAAGACUUUGAUGGUAUAUUUCCAGAGAGUGGUACACAGCUGUAUCUAGAAAUAGUAGACUGUGUUCUUAGAAGAUACAUGAAAAAGAAUGGUUUACCACUACCAAAGGCCAAGGGCGAAGACCUUACUAAGCUAUACAAGACUCAACUGAAACAGCUUGGCUCGAUCGCGUUGAGCGGCCUCCUUCAGAAUAACAUGUCCUUUGAGGAAAGCAAGUUUGAAAAUUGUUCACACGAAUUACCAGAAUUUGGUUUUUUGUCCGUUGAGUGUAGUCGGAGCAAACUGCGACCAUCUUUAUACUAUUCCUUUUUACAUAAAACAUUUCAGGAACUAUUUGCAGCAUUUUACCUGUGUCGCCAAAUUAUGGAUAACGAAAUUUGUCCAGAAAACAUGAUUUCCGACCAUAGAUAUUUCCAUGAGCUCAAACAGGUGCUUGUGUUCACUUGCGGCCUGUUAGCUUUGCAAUCUGAAGAAAAGGUAAAGCCUUUGAUCGCCAGUAUUGCUGUUCAGGCAGACAAUGAUGAUAAAUUAUUGGUGGCAUUACAGUGCAUUGGCGAAUGUAAAAACGACUCAAGUUCUUCUCUUCAUUGGCUGUUAGCUCAAACCCUUGGGUCCAUUAUUCAAAUAAAGGAGCUGAACCUGUCAGGCGACGGCCUUGGUCUUAAUGAGUGUACUGUACUGGCAGAAACAAUCAAGCACAAUUCAACAAUAACACAGUUGGAUUUGUCAUACAAUGACCUUGGUGAGGGUGAAUGUAUUGCACUGGCAGAAGCAAUCAAACACAAUUCAACAAUAACACAGUUAAAUUUGAGUGACAGUCUUCGUGGCGGUAGUCAGUGUACUGCACUGGCGAAAGCAGUCAAAUACAAUUCAACAAUUACAGAGUUGGACUUGUCAUACAAUCACCUUUUUGCUGAUGAUUGUAACGCAUUUGCGGAAGCAAUCAAACACAAUUCAACAAUAAGACAGUUGGAUUUAUCAUACAGUCAACUUGAUGAUGAUGGCUGUACUGCACUGGCAGAAGCAAUCAAACACAAUUCAACGAUGCUACAAUUGGAUUUGUCAUACAAUCUCUUUGGUACUGGUGACUGUACUGCUCUGGCGAAAGCAAUCAAACACAAUUCAGUAUUAACACAUUUGGAUUUGUCAUGCAAUGUAUUUGGUGCUGGUGACUGUACUGCACUGGUGGAAGCAAUCAAACACAAUUCAGCAAUAACGCAGUUGGAUUUGAGAGGCAGUUUUCGUGGUGCUGAUUACUGUCAUGUACUGACGGAAAUAAUCAAACACAAUUCAACAAUAACGCAGUUGGAUUUGUCAUACAAUGGCCUUGGAUUUGGUGACUGCACUGCUCUGGGCGAAGCAAUCAAACACAAUUCAACAAUAACAUGGUUGGAUUUGUCACACAAUGACAUCGAUGCUGGUAACUGUACUGCACUGGCAGAAGCAAUCAUUUGCAAUUCUACAAUAACACAAAUAAAUUUGUCAUACAAUGGCCUUGGUUUUGGUGACUGCACGGCACUGGCGGAAGCAAUUAAACACAAUUCAAAAAUAACGCAUUUGGAUUUGUCUUUUAAUAGCCUUGGUGCUGGUGACUUUACUGCACCGGCGGAAGCAAUCAAACACAAUUCAACAAUAACGCAGUUGGAUUUGUCACACAAUCUUCUUGGUACUGGUGACUGUACUGCACUGGUAGAAGCAAUCAAACAUAAUUCAACAAUAACACAGUUGGAUUUGUCACGCAAUGGCUUUGGCACUGGUGACUGCACUGCACUGGCUGAAGCAAUCAAACACAAUUCAACAAUAACACAGUUGGAUUUGUAA